UCCUCUGGCCAGCAGCAACCCAGAGCUAGCAGCUGUCUGCAGCUGCUUCUGUGGGGAAGGUGCAAGGGUUGGGGAGAGGUUAGGGCUGUGGGCCCUGCUGGCCUGGCUCUCCCCACUGGGGUCUCCUGCCUUGAUGCGCCUGUCACCUCCCCAAGGAGCUUGCAGUACAGACUGUUCUCUACAACUUCUCCCACAGCUGGGCUAGGCCGCACCUCAAGGCCCUGGUGCGAACAGAGCACAGGGACAUGAACGCUCUGCCACUGAAGCUGGUGGUCGGUGCUUGGCCCAGUGCCAGGGUGAGGAUCCAAGGGCAGGUAAGGAGAGUGCCAGGCACAUUGAUGAAGUUGCCAUGGAAGCGUCAAACAGGAAUGUUACCAGUCCAUCCCGCAAAGUCCAAGCAAUCAUCCAGAACAGUCCUCUGGACCUAAUAGACAUGGGCAAGGGGCUGAAGGUCCAGACCGACAAGCCACAUCUGGUGAGCCUGGGCAGUGGCCGGCUCAGCACUGCCAUCACCCUCCUGCCCCUAGGAGAGGGGAGGACUAUGAUUGGCUCGGCCGCUAAGGACAUUGUUCUGCAGGGGGCUGGGUUGGCCUCUGAACACUGCUACAUCGAGAACGUGUGUGGGACCCUCACCCUACACCCCUGCGGGAAUGCCUGUGCUGUUGACGGCCUGCAGGUUAAGCAGCCCACUCGCCUGACCCAAGGGUGCAUGAUCUGCCUGGGGCAGUCAACCUUCCUCCGGUUUAAUCACCCUGCUGAGGCCAAGUGGAUGAAAAGCAUGAUCCCAGCUGCAGAAAGGAGUCCUGGGGCCGCAUAUGGACUCACGGCAGAAUCCGAGUGUCUAGUGAAUGGCAACCACCCGCUGUCUCUGAAUGAUGUCCAUAAGGGGCAGGGAGUGAGGCCUCGGCCCAGCCACAGCUCCCUGGUCAGCUCCAUCGAGAAGGACCUGCAAGACAUCAUGGACUCUUUGGUGAUGGAGGACUCGAGCUCUCCCAGGAAAAAAAUCUCUGCCAAUGCCCAGUCCCCUGUGUCCUCAGUGAUGAAUGGUGGUGGGCACUACUUCUUGUCCCCACCCUUGAGCCCUGGGGCCAUGUCUGUGGGCUCCAGCUAUGACAACGCAUCCCCACCCUUCUCCCCGCUUUCAUCCCCAGCCAGCAGUGGCAGCUGCACUAGUCACUCUCCCAGUAGCCAGGAGCAGGGGCCGCCCAUCCCCCCAGUGGUGCCAGUGAGAUCUUCCAGCUACAACCAUGCCAUGCAGCCCCCACAGCAGCGGCCACCACCACCUCCAGGUGGGGGCUCCAGCCUGGACCUGAGGGGCAGCACCAUAGGCACAAGUGGGGCCCAUCUUGCAGGGAGUCCCAAGAUGCAAAGGAGGGCAAUGCAUGGCAUUCCCCUGAGCCCCAAGCCUGGCCAGAGAGCCCUGCCCCCUGAAGGCCCUGGGCUUUCAGCCUUCUCCAGCACCCGGAGAGCUGCUGAGAGCACACAGCUGGGCCAUCCUAACCAGCACGUGCCCCUGGGGUCUGUAAGCCCGAGCGACUAUGUAGCAGGGAGCCCCCAGGCUCAGCCUACCAACAUCCCCAGCAGCCCCCGGCUGGCACCCAAAUUUCAGUCACCGUCUUCUCAGAGGUUGAAAAUUGUAGCUCUUCAAGAGCGUCCACCCAGCCCCUUCAGGGAGGGCAGGGAGCCCCCUGGCAUUGACAGGCACCUGGCCUCCAGCCCCUCCCGGCAGGUGUUGGCAAGAGGCUUCCAGCCCCUGGAGACUGUGGGUUUCAUCCACGUCAAUCAGGACAGCCGCUCUCUGCAGCCCCCUGAGAGUCCCAGAAUGGGCAGAAGGAGCGUGGAGAGCAUGAGGGAUUUGCCUCCCCUCAGCCCUUCCCUGUCUCGCCGGGCAGCACCCCUGCCCUCUGCCUUGUCUCCCCAAGCAAGGACCCCCCAAGAGAGUCCCUCACAGCAGACCAAACUGGCCAAGGAGGUUCCUGAGAGCCCUCGCAUCCGGCGCAAGGCAGCCAAGCCCCUGGAGAGGCAUGAAGACUUCUCCUCCUCGUCCUCCUUGACGGGGAAGAAUUUGAGAACCAGGAGCCCCUCACCCAUCUUCCAGGCAGAACUUGUCUCCCAGCGUAAGCCCAGCUUUGGCAUCACCCUCAGCCCUGCAUACAGCCUGGGAUCGCUGGUUGUGCCCUCGCCCCGUCAGAGCCCCCGGGCACAGAGGAAGCUGUCAGGAGAUCUGCGGCUGCCUGUGAGUACGAGGGAGCGCAAAAACAGCAUCACUGAGAUCAGUGACAAUGAGGAUGACCUGCUCGAGUAUCACCGACGCCAGCGUGAGGAGCGGCUGCGUGAGCAGGAGAUGGAGCGCCUGGAGCGCCAGCGCCUGGAGACCAUCCUGAACCUGUGUGCAGAAUACACCAGAACUGAUGGCACCACAGACACAGGCAACUCACACCAGCACUUCCCGAGUGAUGGAGAUGCGACCAUCAACAUCCUGACAGCCAGGAGGCACUCCAAGGGCUCGGCCAGCCUGGCUGCCUUGGGUCUUGGCAAGGCCAUAGAGGAGACUGGAGAGGCCCUAGGGCCCCAGCAGAGGGAGAGCCUGGAGAAAUCAGAUGAGGAGAAUCUGAAGGAGGAAUGUAGCAGCACAGAGAGCACGCACCACGAGCAGCACGAGGACUCAACGGGCUCCAAGACCAAGGAGGCUGCCCUGCUGGAGGAGGAAUGGGUGCGGGUGCUGGGCCACGUGGAUGAGCUCAAGAGCCAUGUCAAGGAACUGGAGCAGCAGCUGCAGGAGUCAUCUCAUGAGGCGGAGAUGGAGCGGGCACUGCUGCAGGGGGAGCGGGAGUCAGAAAUGAUACAGCUGCAGCAGGAACAGAAGAUCGUGCAGCAGCUGCAAGAGAAACUGUGCGAGCUGGACUCCAGCAUCCAGAAGGAGCGGGACAAGCAACAGAACCCUCUGCUGGUGCCCCCUCAGAACUGCAUAUCCACACAGGGACCUAUCUCAAGGAGUCUUGUUGGAGAUGAUCCAUUCCCGUGCAGGAAGGAAAGGGCAAAGGUUGAUGCUGAAAGGAAGGAGCUAGAGAAACUCCAGGCGCUUUACAAUGAGUCGAAGAGCCAGCUUGAUAACUGCCCUGAGUCAAUGCGGGAGCAGUUACAGGACCAGAUGAGAAGGGAGGCAGAGGCCCUGGAGACGGAAACCAAGCUGUUUGAGGACUUGGAGUUCCAGCAGCUCGAAAAGGAGAGUCGCUUGGAGGAGGAGCGUGAGACCGUGAGCCAGCAGCUCCUGCAGAGCAAGGCUGAGUGCCACCGCAGUAUCGCCAAGAGGAAGGAGCGGGUGGCUGCAUUGGAAAGCCAGGCCAAUCACAUCCGGCUCCAGGCUGCCCAGGAGUCUGAGCGCCUUGCCAAGGAGAAGAAUACCAUGCUGCAGCUGCUGCAGAAGGAGAAAGAGAAGCUUGUCUCCCUGGAGAGACGGUACCAUCUUGUUACGGGCGGCAGGAGCUUCCCCAAAACAUCAUCUGCGCUCAAAGAGGAAACACUUCAUAUCUCAGAGCCUUAUGACCUGUUAGAGGAAACUAAGCCCCAGAAUCCCCUGCUAGGGGCAAGCGCUUCCUUAGGCCCUUUCUCCGCCCACUCUUACCCCAAGAUGCAAGAGGAGUACAUGAGGCUGUCUGACGUUUUCAGAUUCUACUGCAAUGUGUACGGCCCUGACCAGGACACUAAAGCUUCUGCUGUUGCCACUGCUGCUGCUCCACUCGCUUGCUUGCUUGCUGUACCUCCUGCAGCCAAUGAGUACGUGACUGUUGACCAGCUCUCAGGGAUUCUGGGCAAUGUCAGAGCUGACCUAGGGCUGGCCCCUCCUGCUUCCCCAUUGGGCCAUCACACUUCAGGCUUCACCCCUCAAGUUGCUUCGUCUGCAGGCUGCCUUCCUUCUCCUGCGCCACCUCUCUCCUCUUCCUUCAUCUCUGCUGAGAUGGAGAAGCAGCUUCAGGGGGGCCCAGUGCAGCUUUCUGCCCUGGAUUUAGAGAAGUGGUACAUGGCUCACUUCGAGGCCUCCUCCCCUGCCUCUCCUCACUCCUCCCCUCCUCCUCUUCCUGCUAAAGCUCACUCUUCUCGAAAGCUGUUCCAGGUCUAUCGUGCUAAGAUGGACAGCGACACCGGCAGCACCCUCCCACGCACAAAGAGCGGGUCUGCAUCAUCCUCGCAGCUCAGUGUGGCCACGUUGGGACGCAGCUCCUCCCCAAAGGGUCCCCUGCACCCACAGAAUGGCACAGGUAGCCUGCCACGGAACCUGGCAGCCACACUGCAGGACAUCGAGACCAAACGCCAGCUGGCCCUGCAGCAGAAGGGGCAGCAGGUGAUUGAGGAGCAGAAGCGGCGCCUGGCGGAGCUGAAGCAGAAAGCGGCUGCUGAGGCACAGUCCCAGUGGGAAGCCCUGCACGGGCAGCCUCACUACCCCCCUUCUUCCUACCCUCCGCUCAUGCAUCACUCCAUUCUCCAUCAUCAUCCUCCCCAUGGCAUCGGGCACCGGGCCGAGGACAUGGACCACGCCUAUGACACACUCAGCCUGGAGAGCUCAGACAGCAUGGAAACCAGUAUCUCCACUGGUGGCAACUCAGCCUGCUCGCCUGAUAACAUGUCCAGUGCCAGUGGGGUGGAGGCAGUGAAGAUCGAGGAGAUGGAGAAGAUGCUGAAAGAGGCCCAUGCAGAGAAAUCUCGCCUGAUGGAGUCACGGGAGCGGGAGAUGGAGCUGCGGCGACAGGCCCUGGAGGAUGAGCGCAGGCGGCGGGAGCAGCUGGAGCGGAGGCUGCAGGAUGAGACGGCUCAUCGGCAGAAGCUGAUUGAGAAGGAGGUCAAGAUGCGAGAGAAGCACUUCUCCCAGGGCGGCGACUGCCAUUGGGGUGGCACUGACGAGGCUGCGUUGCUUCUCCAGGCACGGCCCCUGACCAGGUAUCUCCCCAUCCGCAAGGAGGAUUUCGACUUGAAGACACAUAUUGAGUCCUCAGGCCACAAUGUGGACACCUGCUAUCAUGUCAUCCUGACCGAGAAGAUGUGCAAGGGCUAUCUGGUCAAGAUGGGUGGCAAGAUCAAAUCCUGGAAGAAGCGUUGGUUCGUCUUCGACCGUAUGAAACGCACAGUCUCCUACUAUGUGGAUAAACAUGAGACAAAGCUCAAGGGAGUGAUCUAUUUCCAAGCCAUAGAGGAGGUUUAUUAUGACCAUCUCCGCAGUGCUGCUAAGAAAGGACUUUUCAACCUCAGCCUAGCAAAUCAACUAGCAGAUAUUCUCCCCAUUCACUUCCGAAGAGAGAGUCCCAACCCAGCUCUUACCUUCUGCGUCAAGACCCACGACCGCCUCUAUUACAUGGUGGCACCAUCAGCUGAGGCCAUGAGGAUCUGGAUGGAUGUCAUUGUGACUGGGGCAGAGGGCUACACCCAGUUCAUGAAUUGAUGGGGACCAGGAGUGCUUAAGGUGGAGCUGUUCCAGACCUGCCUUCUCUUCUUCUCCCAGAUGGAUUUGCCAUUGACAGUGCCAAGAUGAGCUGGAGGCCCCACCACCAUCUGGAUACAGCAGACAGCCAUUUCCCUGCCACCUGGGGUGUUUAGCCCGCAGCAAGAAGAUCUUGAAUACAGGGGAGCUGCCUCCCAUGCAGAUGUUGGCUGUAUCAUGCCCUUUGGGCCCUGGUUGGUUACACCUCCCUGCUGACUAGAGGGGCCUGGCCCUAGGUCCAGCACUCUUGCCCUUUUCCCAAGAGAGCUUUGGGAUGUUAUUUGAAUAAAUGUGGGGUGG